CCGCCCCGCCCUGUGGAGCGAGGCUCGGGCCGGCGGGGUGGGGCGGGGCCGGCGGAGGGGAGCGAGGGCCCGGGCCGGGCGCUGUAGCUGGGGCAGCCCGCGGGGCGCGGUCACUUCUCCCAGCUCGCGGGUUCUCCGCCCCGCGGGGGCAGCGGCGAUUCAUGAGGCCGAAGCUGCUGCCGGUUCUGGAGCCUGGAGCUGUCCCCCAAAGGGCCACAUGGUACACACUUGUUCCCCUUGGAGAAAGCCCUAGUGCACGCGUUGGCCAUAACUGCUUAUAUUUGCCUCCAGUCCCAACCGCUGGGAAAGGCAAAGUGGUCAUCGUCGGGGGAGCAGACCCCAGUGGCAGCUUCUCCGAUGCUCACAUCAUAGAUCUGGAUAGACACCAGUGGGCAAUGCCUGGUUGGGUGGGCCUGUUGCCUCGAUAUGAACAUGCCACCUUCAUUCCCACAAGCAGCCCCACUAGCCUCUGGGUGUUUGGAGGGGCUGACCAGUCUGGAAAUAGAAACUGUGUUCAAGUGCUGAAUCUAGAAACAGGAAUCUGGGAAAGUCCUAAAGUGACUGGGACUCAACCACUCCCUAGGACAUUCCACACGUCAUCAGCGGCUAUAGGAGACCGGCUUUAUGUUCUUGGAGGGGGAGAUAAAGGAGCAGAGCCCGUUAAAGAUCCACAACUUCACGUGUUUGACACAGCCACUUUGACUUGGUCGCAGCCAGAAGUACAUGGUAAUCCUCCCUCACCUCGGCAUGGCCAUGUGGUGGUUGCAGUUGGGACCAAGCUUUUCAUACAUGGUGGGUUAUCUGGUGAUAAAUUUUACAAUGAUCUGUUCUGCGUUGAUACAAAUGAUAUGAGAUGGGAAAAGUUACCAGCUGCUGGUGAUGUCCCAGGAGGACGGGCAGCUCACUCAGCUGCUGCCUUUGGAGACCAUCUGUACAUUUUUGGUGGAAUGGACCCGACUGGGGCACUGGAUACAAUGUAUAAAUACCACAUAGAAAACCAACAAUGGACGCUAUUAGAAUUUGAUUCUCCUUUGCCCCCUGGAAGGUUGGACCAUUCCAUGUGCAUUGUUCCAUGGCAAGUAUGUGUCAAUGUUAAGAACAGAGAUUCAGAAGCUGUAACCAGCAGAAAUACAAUCGGGAAGGAAGCAACUGAAACAGUCAGUGAUGAGGGGGACUCUGAUCAGAAAAAACGAAUAGGAAAAGACUGCACAGAAGACAAAUUGAUGUAUUUGUUUUUAAUAUUUGGUGGGAUGGAUACUCGAGGGGAGAUUCACAGGGACUGUAUUGUGAAUCUGAUUAAGUAAUAAAACCAGAGUACUCAAACUG